AUUUCAGGUCCCAGAACUGCAGGAGAAGGUUUCUGUGUCUUCAUUGUUCCAGAGGAUAAAGCUGAGGAUACAUCACUUCUACAACCGCUCCGAAGAACUUGUUAGUGAAGAAACAUGGCACUUGCAGGACUCCUGAAACAAGACAGCAUUGCAGCAGCUAUCCAGGCUUGUCAAGCCCCAGGAACGUUCAACUACAAGUCGUUCUUUGAACAAGUGGGGCUGAUAGGCAAAGCCUCUUCCGAUGGGGAGAAGGUGUUCAAGGCCCUGGACCAGGACAAGAGUGGAUUCAUUGAAAAAGAGGAGCUAAAACGCUUCCUCCAGAACUUCUGCUCAGGGGCCAGAGAGCUCACAGAGGCAGAGACCAACACCCUCCUGGCAGCUGGGGACAGUGAUGGAGACGGCAAAAUCGGGAUGGAAGGUAAAGCCAAAUCAGCAGUUAGGCCUUCCAGAACAGGCCCUUUGGGAGCCGUACUCCUAUAGAAACCAGGGCUCCUCUUUCACUGUCUGGCUCCUCUGUUAGCCUGAGGGAUUAAUCAGCUGUACAAAUGAGAAUUAGACCAAUUCUGCUCCCUUUAACACGCACAGACGUGCUGAUUAUCUUGAAAGACUGGGAAUUCUCUUUCUCCCAAGGCACUGUCUUUCCGGCAGGGUGUUUGACUCCGUCUGUGAAGACAUAACUUAGAUUUGCAUGCGAGAAGCAUCCACACUUUGAUGUUUAUGGGAUGUACACGGAUUUUCUAAAAAGAAUUCUUACUACAUAUGGACAGUAUCAAGUGAUUUAGCUGAUUGGACAAUAUUUCACCUAUUUUUUUCUCUCUCUUUUCCCCUCAGAAUUCUGCUCCUUGCUGAAAUGAAAAUGUGGAGAUUGUCUUGACUGACUUGACUUCAUUUCAUGAUUCUCUCUUAUUUAUUUGCAUGUAUUAUUUGUGAUUCUUUUUUUUUUUUUUUUUGAGUUGUUAAUUAAAAUAUGUCUUUGUAGUGAAUGUGCAAAUCAUGAUUGGGAACAAAAUAAAAACUUGCUUCUGUAACUAUAGUGAUUUUAAACUGCUCAAUAAAGUGAAGUCUCCAAGAAUGGGAAUUCUUUUAUCCACCUUUGCUUCAUGUGAUCUUUCUUUCAGAUAUAUGAAACAGAUGGUAUAACAACAAUACAAACAUCACAAUAACAACUGCAGUAAAAUAAAAUAAAAAAUACAAUGAUAAGAUAAAAUAAGAUAAUAUAAAAUAUAAAAACAACAUAAAAUAUAAAUAAUAUAAAAACAACAAAAUAAAAUACAAUAAGAUAAAAUAAAAAAUAUGAUGAUAUGAUAAAAUAAAAAAUACAUUAAAACAA